CUUCCUGGGUGCCCGCGGUCAGUCCGCCAGGUGUCGCUGUUGGCCGCGCGCCGCCGGCUGAGGACGCGCCCCCUUCUCCUCCAGCAGGUUUCAGGAAGCGGAAGCAGGAAUGUUGGUGUGUUUUCAGAAAAAGUUUUGGACAAGUUUGACAGUUUGCGAGCGCAGACUCAAGCCGCGGAAGAACAUGACGGUUGAGUCUGCCAAACCUGAUGGAGGACUUGAUAGUGCUUGAUUGAUCCUCAGAUCCCGGAGUGCAGUCAAACUGCAGCUUAGCCUCUCUGCGGCGUGGGGCCUGGGCCCAGAGCAAAGACUCCACCUGGCAAGGAUCCGAAGGAGGCAGCUGUGGCCCCCAGGAGCCCCAACAGAACCAAGGGGGACGGGGAAGAUCAGAGACCCUCAGAAGGACCAGGCGUUUUAGCUGUUGCUAAUGUUGCUGCAGCCCUCAGUCUCCUUUGACUGACUGACCCCAACCAAACACACACACACACACACACACACACACACACACACACACACACACACACACACACACACACACACACACACACAGGAAGAUAUGGAGAGUGGACCUCUGGGGAUGGACACCAACGUUGCUCCAGAUCCCAGAGUGCAGUCGAACUGCAGCUUAGCAUCUCUGCGGCGUCAGGCCUGGGCCCAGAGCAAAGACUCCACCUGGCAAGGAUCAGAAGGAGGCAGCUGUGGCCCCCAGGAGCCCCAACAGAACCAAGGGGAAGAUCAGAGACCGUCAGAAGGACCAGGGCCCGUCCCCAACAACAUCACUAGCUGGCUGAUUGAUUGCAGGACUCCCCUCGGAACCUCUCUAGAUGAUCACACGGCUUCUCCCAGCAAAGGAGCGCUGAAGAACGGCUGCAGCUUUGAAGAUGACCUUUCACUGGGAGCUGAAGGUUACAGUUGGUUUCAAGACAAAGCCAACCAUCUUCAGUCCAGUAACAAAAAAUCUAAAUCCUGUUUUGAUCUGGCGGCGGAUCAGAAGAGGAGUCAGUAUAAAGAGAGAGGAAGGAGUAUGAACUCCACCGGAUCGGGGAAAAGCAGCACCGUGUCCAGUUUGUCGGAGCUUCUGGACCUCUACGAGGAGGACCCCGAGGAAAUCCUCCUAAGUCUUGGUUUUGGUCGUGAAGAACCUGACCUCGCCUCCAAGGUUCCCCCCAGGUUCUUCAGCAACACCUCCACAGCGCGAGGCAUCGACAUCAAGGUCUACCUGGGUGCUCAGCUGCAGCGCAUGGAAGUGGAGAACCCCAACUACGCUCUAACUAGUCGUUUCCGUCAAAUUGAAGUCUUGACCACAGUCGCUAAUGAGUUUUUUCAGCUCUACAGUCAAGUGUCUGGUCAACCUGUCCAAUGCAUCAGCUCCAUGGACAAAGGGUGCGAAAGAGAGAGAGAUGAGUCAACUACUCCUCUAAAGAGGAGCGGCUCGGCUCGUAAUGUCGCCAAACUCCUCAAGAACACCCUGAGCAGACACAACCUGCUGGCCGCCGCCUCCCCCCAGUCCCCCGACGCCCACACGCCGGACCCCCAGACGCCGCUCAACGGGCACGCCGCCUCGGGUCAGACGCCCACCAACGGCCUCGCACCCGCCGCUCCAGAACAGGAGGCCUGCAGCGUCGACCCCGGCCAACAGGCAGAGGCGGUCAGCCAGAGCCACCUGCGCAAGAAAGACAGCUGUUCCCUGGCGACGGUCGCCGAGGAAACCAACGGGGAUGGAGACGACAGUUCUGAACAGAGCAGAACCGGACCUGCAGCCGGUGGAGCGCAUCGAGCGGAGUCAGCAGAAGGAGCCCAGAAGGUGGAAGAGGAGCACGUGGAGGUGAAGAUCCUGACCUCGACCCCAGAGAAAGCUCUUCCCCCCCUGGCCCCACUCCAGCUGGCACAGCUGCGCAUGGAAAACGCAGACUCCUUCGACAUGGAGGAGAUUCAGAGUAAUGAAGAUGACCCUUUGCCACCCAGGACGUCCAGAGGCAGCGACCUGCUGAGGACAGUCAGUCAGCAGUCAGACAGCAGUGGUUUUGUGGAGGAGCCCUCGGCCGACUCCAACGGCUACCUCAAGGUGCAGGAGAGCAGUGACAGCUGUGACAGCGAGACCACUGUGACAUCACACCGGUCUCUAGAGGUGUCCACACCCCUCGCAAUGGACCAACCAGCCUUCGAGCUGCCAGACGCUCAGGAGGAAGGGGCCGCACCGGGUGUCGCUGCUGGGGACGAAGGGAGAAGGAGUUCCAGGGACGGAGACGACCGGUGUUGUAGUUCAGAGCACGUGCUGCAGUACACGGCCCACCACCUCCCUGGGAACCGACCAAUGGGAACACAGCCGGAUGAGCCCGGGGAGGAGGAGGAGGAGCGAGUUGAGAGUGGGGACCAGACUGAUCCAGAACAUGAAACUUCCCUGAGUAUGUCUGCUGCAGAACUAGAACCACAACCACAGCUAGAACACACUCUGAAUCCGACCGCUUCAGAACAAGAACCCCAACACACUCGGAACCAGAAUCGGAGCGCCACGGACACAGAACCCACAGAGGAAGCGGGUCCUGAGGACGAGGUCAGACAAGAGCAGGUAUUCCUGGCCGAUUACGGUUCACUUCCUCCUGCUCCUCCGUCUCCCGUUCUUAGUGCUCUGAUCCGAGCUAAAAAGAAACAGCUGACCAACAGUGGGCAGCAGGUCCACCCUCGGCCCAAUUAUUUGUCCCAAACCCCAGGGGGAAAACGUGGUAUCCCUCUACAGAGGUCCUCCUCCUUGCCCUCAGCGUUCCUCUCGCCCUCCACGAUUGUGUCCUCUGUCAGGAUCCAGUUUGGUCGGGGCCAAGCCUCCUGCACUAAGCCUACGUACUCCGUCAAAUACACCCACGGGGAAGGAGGCGAAGAGGAGACGGAGCAGGAGGAAGGACAAACCACGUGUUUGUCUACUCUGAUCAUAAACCCUGCCCCCUCGUCCAACUCUAACAACCAACCACCAAGGCUUCUCACAGAAGCUCCAAUGCCACCUAAACCAAUCCCACGCCAUCUACUGCGCUCGACCUGUUCCCUCCACAGCUGCAGCCCUCCGCCUGACUUGUCAGCAGGAGAUCACAGCCACUCCUGGAGCACCCAGAGUGUUCCUGAUCUCUCCUCCGAUCGGCAGCAACCAGGCCAGUUCCGACAGAACUUGAAUGCAAACAUAUACCAGCAAAAUUGGAAUACGGGUCAGACGAUGUUCCCUUAUCCUACUUCUGAUCCUACAGCUCAGUACUUUAACCCGAGCCCCAACCCUUACCACUCCGCUCAGAACGCUCCUCUGCAGUACCCGUCCCCUCUCUACCCAAACACCAGUCUUCCUAACGUUCUACGUCACCACAACCUGAGCCACCAUGCCAGUCUAACCAGUCUCUACCAGCCUACCUCUUCCAUCGCCCCUCAGCACGGCAGCCUCUCUAACUUGCAUCAGCCUCCAACGUCCACGGCUCCUCACCACUUCAACGGGGGCAACUCGCAUCCGGGAACUCCGUCAAUGCACCACCAGGCGUGCAAUCAACCGUACAAUAAUCAGUACCCUUACCACGCCACUCUGCACGGCUCGCAGUUUGGAUCAACCUACCUUGGUAGCCAUAUGUACAACAUGAGCCCCCACCUGUCGCUUCCCCAUCCCCAGUGUAUGUCGUUGGCGCCAGAGCACAACCUCCACCCGGGGUUCACGCCUACCGCUCAAGGCCACCUUCCAGGCCUGGCCUCCUCCCUCGGCCCGGGUCACAGCUUCCAUCCGGUUUUCACUCCUCCCACUCCAGGUUUCUCCCCAGGCCCCCCCUCAGGCCUCGUUCCAGGUCAGAGCCUCCAACCGGGGCUCGCUCCUCAUCCCGCUCCGAGUCCAGGACCCGGCCAGGGUCCAUCCAGCACUGAGAUGCAGCUAAGGAGAGUUCUGCAUGACAUCAGAGGAACGGUUCAGAGUCUGAGCCAGAAACGAGGUGACAUUCCGGACGGGUUCAGUGAACACCGAGCAGAUCGGCCCAACUACCAGUCCUUGGCAGAGUUUCAGCAGAAGAGGCAGAGUCUAAACUUGUUCCGCAGUCAGAUGACAGACCUGGAGCAGUCCAUCAUCCGACAGCAGGCCCUGGUCUACAAACACCUGAGCCCUGCUGACAGGAUGGAGGUGGAGCAGCUUCAAUCUUUGAGGUCCGCGGUGAGGGAGGAACUGCAGGAGCUGGAACAACAGCUGGAGGACAGACUGAUGGAGCUGACAUAUCGCACACAGCACAGGGGUUACCGUAGGGAAAGCAGUUUUGACAGUCUGUCCACCAGCUCUGCACUGAGGGCAAUGGAGCCGGUGUCAGACCUCCUCAGAGAGCAGCUCCUCCUUCAAUCAGAGCUCAACUACAGCGGCCACACUGCCUCUACUGCACCUUCCUCCAGAACCUCCAGUCCACUCCCCGGAGGAAGGGAUGGCGAGCAGAAAGGAUGCAUGUACCGGGCAUCAAUUAACAUAAACCCUGUCCUACCUCCUCGACCCAACACACGCACUGAGGAGGAGGAGAGGGAAGAGGGAGAGAGGGAAGAGGGAGAGAGGGAAGAGGGAGAGAGGGACAGUGGAGAGCGGGGCAGGGGAGAGAGGGACAGGGGAGAGCGGGGCAGGGGAGGAGCACCAGAGGAGGAAGGAGCAUCAGGAGGAAUGAGAGUGGGGGACCUGCACCAGCUCAUCAGAGAGAUUCGAGAGAGCGUGGUGCAGGAGGUCCGAAAGGAGAUCUACAGCGAGCUGCUGGCUGCCGUGUCGCCGCGGCAGCACCCCCUGUAGUCACGGCAGCAGCAGAGCACUACCCCUUUCAUUUUCAGCCUUAGUAGCCACAGCCUGAGCAGCAAGACUGUCCGUCUGUAUCACUGUAUUGCUGAGUAACACUGUGCCCGUGAACACUAUGUGGCUGUAACACUGAAUGUCUGUAACACUGGGGCCUAAAUGAGCACAUCACCAAAAUGUGAUAAGGCCCGCCCACCACACCUGUGGAGAGCGGCGCCUCGGACAGGACUCGAGGACUUCUACGUGUGUGUUGCUUUCUGGCGUGCCGGUGUGAUGCAUGCUGGGAAAACACCAGCUGACCCUGUGAACCAUCAGUGGGGAAGUGUUGUCGUCACAUCCCGUUUCUUCUCUAAGACGUUUUGAUCAAAGCCAGGCCGCAAACUACUACUACUUUCUCUAGUACUACAAAUACUGGCUAAAGUAGUACCGCUAAUAGUUCUCUGCCACUAUUACCACUCCUAGUGCCAGUCCUGUGAACCCACUCUGAGAUCAAAUCAGUAAGUAUUGAUGAUAGUAAUAAGAAUAAUAAUAGUGAUGGUAAGAUCAAUACAUCAGUAGUUUGUUAAUUAAAACAUACUUUCAUCUGGUCAUUUUCCUAAGCAACGUUCCCUUAAUAAGUGCCUUAUUAAUCAUAUUUUAAUCUAAUACCUUUUUGUUUGAGUUUCCAUUCCUUAAACUUCAUAAGUUUUCUGUCACUUCUCAAAGUAAAUAAUUCAUUUACAUUUCAUCUUCAUGUUGACAGUUUGAAGAUGUUCUAAAGAUACACAGGGAAAUUAUAAUGCUUGUACCGCUGUCCACACCCUUUUAUCAUCAUCAUCAUCAUCAUCAUUGUCAUUGUGCUUCUGCUCCUCAAGCCUUAUUCACAGUUUUUAUUUUUUCUGUUUUUGUGCCUUCUUGGCUUUGUGUGUUCAUUUGUUGGUUGUUACAGAGCAGGUUAUUGGGUUUGUGUGGGAUGUCGUUGGGUACUGCUGAGGUCAAAGGUCACUCUGCAGCAGCAGGGGUCAGUAAGUUGUGACGAUGAUGAUGACGAUGAUGCGAUGCCUGGUCAGUAGACCAUGUAUGGGGGAGCAGCCAGAGUAGCUCAAACCGUUGCUGCUUUAGCAUGUUAGCUCCGCUAGUGUGUUGGCUUCCGACUGUCUAAUGACAAAAUGUGCAAUAAUAUUAACAUAUGUAUUGAUUACUGCUACGGUAUCAGUAAAUCACAGUUAACAUAGCAGACAAUCUGAUGUUCCUCCUCUUUGCACAGAAUCCACAGCAGUGAUCAAUGAGUUUGUUACUAAUGAGCCCUUACUAACCAUGUGUUUUCUUUAGCAUUGGCCUGUGCAUAGUGCCUGUGUGGCGUCUUGCAGGUUUUCAGAUCAACCAUCAGUGUCUUGGGAGAAGCUGAGUUGAUACAAGAACUCUGUACCCACCAUAGCGGGUACCUCUUUUUAAUCUUCACGGAACAGUGAUUAUCAGAAUUUCGAGACAAACCCACAUUGAAACUUAAAUUGCAUACUGAAAGCUGAACUUUUGAGAAACAAUUUACUGAUGGUCUUUCUGUCUGUGUUUGGUUUGGAUGUUUGGGACCAGUACAUGGUGAAGAGGAUCUGAGCUCACAAUUGAUGAGUCAGCAUCGCACCGUUUUAAUUUGAUUCUCUAACCAAUGUAAACUGGACCGUUGAACCUUUAUUUUGAUAAUCAUUAAUUGACUUGAUGUUUGUUUGAUACUUAUCAU